AAAAAACAAAACAAAAAAGAGAAAGUGGAAAUAAAACUUCACACUAUACUCCACAGGCGUCUUAAAACAGCAGCUCAAAUCACAAAACUAGCGCUGCCCUACGCUCUGGAGCAGAAGGCAAGGCUACCCAAGCCGAGCAAUCCGAAACCCAGCGGGCAGGGCCGGCGAGCGGGCACCGGGCCGGCCGCCAUGGCGCUCCCUCCUGUAAAAGGCCAGACCGGACAGCCGGGGGGACGCUCUGAGGCUGCCAGAGGGGCAGGAGAACCGCCGGGCAGGGGAGUGGGCGGCCGGAGCGGCGGGGACCGGGGGCGGCCUCCCCCGCCGGAGCACCCCCGAGGCGCAGCAACGGGGCCGAGCCCUACCGCCGCCCGGGGGCCCCGCCGGCUGCAGCGGCGGCCGCGGCGAACCCUCCCCGGGGAGCGCAGAAAAGCGCUACUCCCGCCCCGCCCGCCCUCCGCCGGGAGACGCUCCCUCCCAGCGGCAGCGGCUUCGCCGAGCUGCGCCCGGCCCCGGCGGGCGAGGUCUUCCCCGGCGCGCCCGCCUCCUCCGGAGGGGGAAGAACGGAGCCGGACGGCGGGCGGGCGCCCGCUCACCCCCGCGCCGCUGCCGGCGGGGCCCCGGGGGCCGCCGCCACCCGGCCGGGCAGCGAGCGCUCCUCGAUCGGGGCCGCCGGCGGCGGCUCCUCCCCCACCCGCUCGCCUCACGGUGCCUCACCUCAGAGCGCGGCGGGACCCCGCACCGCUCGCGCCCCGCACGUCUCCUCACAGCUCCCCCCCCCGCCUCACCUCAGGGCGCGGCGGGCCGGCGGUAGGCUCGGCCCGGCGCCAAGAAAGCGAGGCGGCCGCUGCCUCCUCCGCCGGAGGCACCCUCGGCUCCGGCGCCUCAGGCGCAGCCCCCCGCCCCUGGCGGCGGCUCCCGGCACGAGGGAAGGGGCAGCCGGGCUCCCCCCCUUUCCCGCACCCGCUCUGCGCCGCCGCCGCUCUCCGCCGGGCUCGCCGCCUCGGGGCGCCGCUCCCCGCGCCAGGCCCCGGCUUCCCUCCUUCCCGGCCUGCCCCGGCGCCGCCGUCCCCGGGCCCCCCUCCCCCGGCCGGGCUGCGCCUGCGCGGCGGCCCCUCUCCCAUCCGGGUCCCUCCGUGCGGUGUAGCAGGUCGGUAGGCGGGAAAUGGCG